AUGUCUGAUCCAAGCUCCAUCAAUGGUGGUAUUGUCGUGGCCAUGACAGGCAAAGACUGUGUUGCUAUCGCAUGCGACCUUCGACUGGGAAGCCAGUCGCUAGGUGUGGCCAACAAUUUCGAGAAGAUAUUUCACUAUGGUCAUGUUUUUCUAGGACUUACAGGGCUUGCAACGGACGUAACUACACUCUCAGAGUCCUUCCGCUACAAGACAAAUCUUUACAAGCUCAAGGAAGACCGUCUCAUAGAACCUGACACUUUCACACAGCUGGUAUCGAGCUCUUUAUAUGAGAAACGAUUUGGACCAUAUUUCACAGGCCCUGUGGUUGCUGGUAUUCAUUCGAAAACGGGCAAGCCAUACAUAGCAGGUUUUGACCUCAUCGGCUGCAUUGACGAGGCAAAGGACUUCGUGGUAAGCGGAACAGCUUCAGACCAGCUGUUUGGCAUGUGUGAGUCGCUGUACGAACCAAAUUUGGAGUCUGAAGAUCUGUUUGAGACCAUAAGUCAGGCGCUACUGAAUGCUGCCGACCGUGACGCCCUAUCGGGCUGGGGUGCGGCGGUCUACAUAAUAAAGAAGGACAAGGUCAUCAAGCGGUACCUCAAAACCAGACAGGACUGA